GAAAGCUAGUAACAGGUAUGUCUCCAGAGAAUGAUCUCCAAAGUCCCUCCCUUGGUUUCAGUUCUACCAGGGACGAUCUCACUAUGAGUUGUGGUGAUCUAGAUAGUUCCCAUGAGCUGGGGAGAAGGAGCCGGGCACGCAGCAGUCUCCAGACAAGAACCCCCGAGGCUGACAUCAGUUGUCAUGGAGACUUUGCCAGUGGAAAGAGCCCUUUCCUGAAAAUACUAAUGGAUGCAGAAGCAGCUGCCAACUCUGCUGCUAUACAACUUGUGUCUUUUAAAGAUGCAAUGGAAGAUGAAUUUGCUGAUUCGAGACACUCUGCCGUAGAUAAACGCCGAAUUACAAGGCAGAGAGGACUUUUGCUGGAGAAGUUGGAGGAUUUUAAACGAAUAAAUAAAUCUGUUCGGCAGAAACUGAAGCGGCUCCAGGAAGCCGAGGCCAGUCGAACUGAUGCCGACCAACAGAUUGACAUCUUACUGAAGAAGAUCACACUGGCUGAAAGUGAAAAUGAACAUUUAAAAAGAGAUUUGAGUGAGACAGAAAGAAGAGUUGAGGAGCUGAUGGAUCUGCGAAAGGAAGAGCAGGGCAACAUAAAGACUGCAGUUCACAUGACCAAGUCUGUGGAAGCGACUCGUGUUCACCUGCAGGGGCAGCUGCACAACAAGGAAGCUGAAAACAACCGUCUGACUGCACAGCUACGGAUUCUGGAAAGAACCCUGACUGAACAGAAGAUGGAGAUUGAUGAUCUGAGAGGCUCCAUCACCUCUUUGACUGACAAGGCAGCACAGGACAAAGAAUCUCUCAAGAAAGCCACUCGAGCACAGAAACAGAGAGCUGAGAGAUUUGAAGCCGCCAUUGAGAAAUGCUAUGAACAGUUGAAGGAAAAGGAUUCUCAGCUGGCCAACGCUCGUUUAGAAAGAGAAUCCAGGAGACGGCAGAAGGAGCAGAUGACAGAUGAGAAAGACAAGCUUGAUGCUCAUGUAGAGUUACUGAAAAGUCAAAUCGCAGACUUGACAGCGCGGCUGCAGAGGGAGAAGUGUGAGCUCACUGCGGCUAAUGAAACUGUGAUGCAGCGUGUUGAAAAACUCAGCACUGAAAACGGAGACCUCAGCGUCAAUAAUGCAGCACUCAAGGUAUCUGUUGCUCAGUUGGAGCAGCAGCUGGAUGAUUGUGAGUCGGCACUGAUAGAGGAGAAGGUUGUGUCCCAGGAGAGGAAACAUCAAGCCGAACAGAGUCAAUAUCAGGUCACAGAACUUCAGGCUGAGAUUGAAGAUCUGAGAAUAAAAUAUGCAAAUAUUUUAAAAGAGACGGAAGAGAUGUGUGAUGGGAAAAGUACAACAGCUGAUAAGAUGGAGAGUCAGACAAAAUUGCUGAGCUCAUCUAUGGAGAUGAAGGAAUCCAUCCAUGAGGCCAAUUUACAACUACAAGAGAAAUUGAAUUCUCUUCAAAAGCAAAUGGACAAGCUGCAGCAGGAGAACCUGGAGCUCGUACGGAGGCUCGCAGCUCAGGAGGAAGCGUUGAGCUACAGUAACCGGCAGCUGGAUCAGCGCUCGACAGAGUGCCAGGCCCUCAGCCGGCAGCUGGAGGCUGCUUUAUCAGACGUCAAACAACAGGUCAACAAGGUAACAGACCAGGCUCAUUCCAGAGAAGAGGCCCUUAGUACCAAAAUCCUGGAGCUGGAAGCAGAGAAGAGCAGAAGGGAUAAUGAGCUGAGGCUUCUUCGCCAGAGUAAGCUGACUGCAGAGAGACAGUUUGAGGUGCGUCUGAAGGACCUGCAGCUGAGCCUGGACCAAUCAGAGAGCCACAAACAAAGCAUUCAGAACUAUGUUGAUUUCCUCAAAAACUCCUAUAAGACAAUGUUUGAUGAGGGACUGCAAACUUCGACUUUUGGAUCUUCAUAUUUUCUAAAAUGAUCAGGGAUUCAUCUGUUUGUUUUAAAUUUUGUAUUUAUUUAUUUAUUUGGUUUUUGUACACUGUAAUAUUUAUAAGGCCUAUUUAAAAAAAGUAAAUAAAAGCAAGAGUCUAUCAAUUUUA